CAGAACUUGAGUAGUACUCUACAUUACACGGAGGAUAACUCCGACGAAGCAUGGAACUUUGAACGAUGCUGAAUUAUACUGGGGAUUUCAGUGCCAAAACCAGCUACCACAUUGGGUUGAAGUCCGACACGCAUGAAAAGACAGCGUCGGGGGGAAGUUGCUCCGACGCCAUCGCGUUCAAAGAGUCUUGGUCCGCGUCGUCGAUGGGGUUGUGGUCCAAGUCAAUCACAAGGGGGGCUUGAUCACCAUCUUGCUGUCGCUGUUCCAGGGAAUGAAGAAAGUUCGCCGCCCCAGAAAUGGAGAUAUCAUUGCGGCGCAUCGACAGCGACCGCAAUCGCGGAGUCAUUCGCAUAACAUACCCGAGAAAGAGCACACCACCGUCGUCAAUGUCAUUCGAGUCAACAGACAGUUCCGUGACAACUGUGUCUCCUAAGAAGUGGGCCAAAAAACUGCAGCCGAGGGACCCCAUACCCACGUUGUUCAGCAAGAGUGUGGUGACAACAGACAUGCGAAGACUGACGGCAGCUAAAGCGUGAGUUCCACCCGGUCCAAUUUGCGGAUUGUCCGACAAAUUCAACCACGUGACGGUGGAGUUACGCAGGGCAAUAGCCAACGCCCUGACGUCUUCGCUACCGAGAUCGCAUCGUGUCAAACUGAGUUGCCGUAAUGCUAAUGGCACCGAGCACUCAAAGUUUUCCAAGCGGGGAAGGGGCUGGUUGUGGGCAGAAAGCGAUCGAAGAGUUGGACACGUCCAUAACGCACGGUAGAAGUGGGAAAGGACCUUGGGGUUGGAUGGAAGUAUCCAAUUGCUCAGGCCAAAUCUGGUCACGGGUUGGGUGGCUAGCCAGUGGGUGAGGGACGAGAGUCCUUGUGGGGACAUGGUGGUCGGGUGGUUUGACGGCUCGGACGUCACAGGAUCAAGAGUCGACACGUCUUGAAGACACAGCUGUGUGAGCUUGGAGUCGCGGAUGAAUGCCAGUAGAUUAUCGGGGGAUGACACGCAGGCAUGGCUCAGGUCGAGGGAUGUUAGGUAGGUCAUCAGUGGCAGCACCUCUAGCAGAUGGUUCAUCGAUUGAGGACGCCCGACAAGUCGACCUUGUAGCCAUGUCAGAUGGCCAAUGGGGAGAGUUGCAAGCUGGCGGUACCAAGCCUGAAGCGGCACGUCGACUUCGUUGGCCAGAGGGCACGUGUAGAGGGCCAGCACGUUCGUGGUGGCAACACAGCCACGCAGGAUGUCCAAGUCGAAGACAGCGUGGACGUGUAUUCGUUGAAAGUACGAUCGGUCGGGCUGGAGGCUCGCAACCCUGAACGCGCUCACUUGAUCGAGAUGCAAUUCCGGCCACAGCAUGUGGAACGGCGCGUGGAAGGACGCCGUCCACAGAUGCUGAAGGUGCCCCAGAGAUGUCGAUGUGCCUUGGAAUGCAUCCAGGUAGUUGAAGAAGUCUACUGCGUCUGGUAUGAACAACGCGACGCGCUGAACCGCAUCCGGCGGAAGCGUGAUGCCAUGUGCUGAGGCGGUCGUCACCUUGGCCUUCUUCAUCGUGAU